CCUUCUGUAAUCUUUCUAUGACAAACAGUAAGCUCCGUCAAAAAUGGCCGCUGUCGCUAGUGCCCUCGCCGAGCCUUCUUCGGGCUUUUGCUUUGAAAAUUGUCGCAGGAAUGCCUUCCUGCAAUCGCAAGGGCUGCCGAUGCCCAAGGCAACAAAGACCGGUACAACCAUUGCUGGUAUAGUGUUCAAGGACGGGGUAAUCCUGGGAGCCGACACUCGUGCCACUGCUGGAGGGUUUGUGGCGGACAAGAACUGCGACAAGAUUCAUUACCUUGCUCCAAAUAUCUAUUGCUGUGGUGCUGGUACUGCUGCUGACACGGUAAAGACAACAAGAAUGAUAUCAUCGCAGCUGGAGCUUCACCGCUUGGCCACUGGACGGGUUGUUCCCGUGUGUACAGCAAACCGCUUGUUGAAGCAAAUGCUCUUUCGGUACCAAGGCCACAUAAGUGCAGCGCUGGUACUUGGAGGAGUGGACACAACUGGCGGUGUCCUUUGCAGUAUUCACCCACAUGGCUCUACAGACAGGCUUCCUUAUGUGACCAUGGGGUCAGGAUCCUUGGCUGCAAUGGCUGUCUUUGAGCGUGACUGGAAACCCAACAUGGCACUGGAAGAUGGAAAGAAGUUGGUGAGAGAUGCUAUUGCUGCUGGUAUCUUCAAUGACUUGGGAUCAGGUGGCAACGUUGAUAUGGUUGUCAUUACUCGUGAAGGACUAACUCGUGCUCGUCCUUAUGAGGAAGCAAACAAGAAGGGUGAACGACACCUGAGCUACAAGUUCAAGAAGGGUACGAGUGCUGUCUUGGCAACCAAAGUAGUUCCCAUUGAGGUGGAAGAGACAAUUGUGAAACACACAGAUGGUGAAGCCAUGGACACUGCCUGAGCGGAAUAUCAUUUGCACUGUUUGAAAUAAAGAGGGCUUCAGUUGUCCAA